AAACAAAAAAAAAAAAAUAAUAAUAAUAAUAACUCGCUCGCACGAACUUGCUCGCCACUUCAUUUUCACCCUUUCCCCGCUCCCACCUCGUCGUACACGGAGCUCCCUCUUCCGCGCGUCCUUGGCCAUGGCGAUCCCCGUGGAGGAGGCCAUUGCAGCUCUCUCCACCUUCUCUCUCGAGGAUGAGCAGGCAGAUGUGCAGGGUUUAUCUGUUCUUCUAUCUAGCGAAAGAUAUGCAACUAGUAGCCCUAUAGAGUAUGGUGAUGUUGCUGCUUAUCGUUUAUCUCUAGGAGAAGAUACAAAAGCAAUUAACCAACUGAAUAGCCUGAUUCAAGAAGGAAAAGAGAUGGCAUCUAUAUUGUACACAUAUCGCAGCUGCGUUAAAGCUCUUCCACAGCUGCCUGAUUCCAUGAAGCAUAGCCAAGCAGACUUAUACCUGGAGACCUAUCAAGUUCUGGACUUGGAGAUGAGUCGUUUGCGUGAAAUCCAGAGAUGGCAAGCAUCUGCUGCUUCUAAACUGGCAGCUGACAUGCAGAGAUUUUCUAGGCCUGAGAGACUGAUAAAUGGACCCACCAUAACUCAUUUUUGGUCGAUGUUGAAAUUGCUUGAUGUUUUACUACAACUUGAUCAUCUCAAAAAUGCCAAGGCAAGCAUUCCUAAUGACUUUUCAUGGUAUAAGAGGACAUUUACUCAAGUAAGCGCCCAGUGGCAGGACAUAGAUUCAAUGAGAGAAGAGUUGGACGAUCUGCAGAUUUUUUUAAGCACAAGAUGGGCUAUUUUACUUAAUUUGCAUGCCGAAAUGUUUCGUGCAAACACUGUGGAAGACAUUCUGCAAGUUCUUAUAGUAUUUUGUGUGGAGUCGUUGGAGCUGGAUUUUGCACUUCUUUUUCUGGAGCGUCACACCCUACUUCGUGUAUUACCUGUUCUUGUGGUUCUAGCAACCUCGUCUGAGAAAGAGAGCGAGUCACUAUAUAAGAGAGUCAAAAUUAACCGCCUUCUGAACAUAUUUAAGAAUGAUCCUGUCAUUCCUGCAUUUCCAGAUCUUCAUCUUUCACCUGCUGCAAUGUUAAAGGAGUUGUCAACUUAUUUCCAGAGUUUUGCAAGCCAAACUCGUUUACUAACUCUUCCAGCACCGCAUGAAAUUCCUCCCCGGGAGCUUCAAGAUUACCAAAGGCACUAUUUAAUUGUAAACCAUAUGGGGACUAUUAGAGCAGAGCAUGAUGACUUCUCUAUCCGCUUUGCUUCUGCUAUGAAUCAGGUUAUAAUACUGAAGUCAACGGAUGGCACAGAUACAGAGUGGUCCAGAGAAGUUAAAGGAAACAUGUAUGACAUGGUUGUUGAAGGCUUUCAGCUUCUUAGUAGAUGGACUGGUAAGAUUUGGGAGCAAUGUGCUUGGAAAUAUUCACGUCCUUGUAAAGAACCACCUUCUUCAGAUUCCCAACAGAAUGCUACAACGUUCUUCGACUAUGAAAAGGUGGUUCGUUAUAACUAUACGGCAGAAGAAAGAAGAGCACUACUAGAACUUGUUAGUUACAUAAAAAGUAUUGGGUUGAUGAUGCAAUGCUGUGACACAUUAGUUGCAGAUGCUUUGUGGGAAACAAUACAUGCAGAGGUGCAGGAUUUUGUACAGGAUAAACUUGAUACAAUGCUGCGAACAACAUUCCGGAAAAAGAAAGAUCUAUCUAGGAUUCUCUCUGAUAUGCGAACCUUAUCAGCUGAUUGGAUGGCUAAUACUAGCAAGGCAGUGCCUGAGCUGCAUUCAAUGCAUCAAGAAAACGAGGACACGAGACAAAACACAUUUUACCCGAGGCCAGUUGCUCCAACAGCAGCCCAGGUGCAUUGCUUGCAAUUUCUUAUUUGUGAACUUGUAUCUGGUGGUAAUCUACGAAAACCUGGAGGACUAUUUGGAAAUAGUGGUUCUGGAAUUUCAGUUGAAGAUCUCAAGCAACUGGAGACCUUUUUCUACAAGCUCAGCUUUUUCCUGCAUAUUUUGGAUUAUACUGCCACAAUUGGUUCAUUAGCCGACCUUGGAUUUCUGUGGUUUAGAGAAUUCUAUUUGGAAUCUUCUCAUGUUAUUCAGUUUCCAAUUGAGUGCUCCCUUCCCUGGAUGCUGGUGGAUCAUGUAAUUGAAUCCCAAGAUGCUGGACUAAUAGAAAGCAUUCUGAUGCCAUUUGAUAUCUACAAUGAUUCUGCUCAACAUGCGUUAACUGUGCUGAAACAGCGAUUUCUUUAUGAUGAAAUUGAAGCUGAGGUUGAUCUUUGUUUCGAUCAGCUUGUUUAUAAGCUUAAUGAGAUCAUCUUUUCACAUUAUAAGAGCUAUGCAGCCAGUGCAUUACUUGAUAGAUCAUUUAUCUCUGCAUGUGAUGAUGGUGAAAAGUACUUUGUUAAACAUGUGCGAUUUGAUGGGAUUUUCAAGUUGAGGAGAGUAAAGGUCUUGGGUAGGACUAUUGAUCUUAGAAGCUUGAUUACACAAAGAAUGAACAAGUUAUUUCGAGAGAACAUGGAAUACUUGUUCGACCGUUUUGAGAAUGCUGAUCUUUGUAGUGUUGUGGAGCUUCAGCAACUAUUGGACAUCUUGGAGUAUACCCAUCGGUUACUAUCAAAAUAUCUGGAUCUGGAUUCCUAUUCUCUUAUGCUGAAUGAGAUGCAAGAGAACCUUUCUCUUAUUUCAUACUCUAGUCGCAUCUCUUCUCAGAUUUGGAACGAGAUGCAGAAUGACUUCUUACCUAACUUUGUGCUAUGUAACACUACACAACGUUUCGUUCGAUCUACUAAAGGAACUCACCAUGCUUCUCAAAGGACAGCUAUAUCUACUGGAAAGCCGUAUUUCUAUUGUGGUUCUCCUGACUUGAACUUAGCAUAUCAAAGCCUUGCAGGACUCUACCAUGAGUUCUUUGGGAUCCCUCACAUGUUUGCAGUUGUCAAACUUCUAGGCUUCAGAUCAUUACCUGGGAUAAUCCGUGCCUUAUUAGAUCACAUCUCAAGCAAGAUAACUUCUAUGGUGCCAAAAAUCACUGGCUUACAAGAAGCAUUACCAAAGUCUAUCGGACUACUUCCUUUUGAUGGUGGUAUUGCAGGUUGCCAAAAGGUAAUUCAUGAACAAUUAACUUGGGAAGGAAAAUCGGAGCUCAAAGCAGAGGUUCUUCAUGACCUUAAGGAAAUUGGAAGCGCUUUAUACUGGAUGAGCCUUCUUGACAUUGUAUUGAAACAAGUUGACACAACACAGUUCAUGCAGACAGCCCCAUGGUUAGGGUUGGUCCCAGGAGGUGACGGACAAGUAAAACAGAUUGAUUCUAGCAAUAGUCCCCUCACAACUUUGUUUAACUCUGCUACAGAUGCAAUUGUAUCAAAUCCUACCUGUCCAAAUCCAUCACCAUUCCUCGUCAUGUCAAAACAAGCGGAAGCUGCUAGUCUCUUGUACAAAGCAAAUAUGAACUCUGGAAGUGUGCUAGAAUAUGCUCUCGCUUUCACAAGUGCUGCAUUGGAUAGACACUACAGCAAAUGGAGUGCAACUCCAAAGACGGGCUUUAUCGACAUCACAACAUCAAAGGAUUUCUAUCGCAUUUUUAGUGGCCUUCAAUUUGGAUUUCUAGAGGAGUCUAUUCUAGAUCCAUCAAGAAAGCAUGAAUGGUUAGGUGACUCUGUGGCUUGGGCUGGUUGUACAAUUAUGUACUUGUUAGGACAGCAGCAGCACUUUGAGCUUUUUGACUUCUCAUAUCAACUCCUUAAUGUGGCGGAAGUUGAAAAUGCAACAUUAUCGCUGUCCCUCUCGUCUGAUCGGGCCAAAGGCUCUACCUUCUUACAGGGUUACGAGAACCUUCUGGAAGCCAUCAGGAAAGCAAGAAGGUUGAAUAACCAUGUAUUCUCCAUGUUGAAGGCGCGUUGCCCUCUGGAGGACAAGGUGGCAUGUGCGAUCAAGCAAAGUGGCGCUCCUUUGCAUCGCGUGAAGUUUGUUAACACUGUUUCGGCCUUUGAGACACUGCCGCAGAGAGGUGCCUAAAUAUGUUUCCACUGUUGUUGUUUCUAUUCAGGUUAUCUCCAGAUGUAUUUUGUUUUGUAAAGUAAUCUUUUUAUUUGAUAAUUACAACCUCGAGAACAUCAAUGAAGUAUACUGACUAAUUUCCUGUAGAGUAGGGUGUAUGGGUACCACCAUUUCGAUGCAUUCACCAAGAGAAUCUUUUACAGUAUUAGCUAAAUAUUCUCAGCGAGAAAAUUGUUUUUUUUUUGCAGCUAUGAUUCAUUUUUUAUCAAA